AUGAAUUUUAUUAAAAAAUUCAUAGGAGCUACAUCUACUGAUGAAGUUGCUUCGCUUCCAUCAGGAAAAUUAUUCCUAACGCGAUCAAAACAAUCACCAAAAGGAGAAAUCGAAUGCUUGUAUAAUGACGCCUACGCCUCGAUUAAACAAACAACAACACCAUUUUUCUAUCAAUUGUGUAUAACAAAGGUGUACCAAGAAGGAGAACGUGAAUUCAGUAGCAACUCCAACUAUUCCGAUGAUGAGUACGAUGAAGAUGAGGAAGAUGAGAUUGAGGUAAAUUCAUCUAUUGUUCUGCCAAAUGCUAAAUACGACUCAAGACAUUCAUCAAAAGACGAGUGGGUGUUUCCUAUAACUGAGGAUCUCAGAUUUUUCCGUAAAGAUAUUGCAUCUGAUGGAAGCUCAAGAGCUAUUGCUUGGAAGGAUUUGAAUGGAGAUUUAGGUGAUAAAUUUGAAUUUAUUGUUAGUGAUGAUAUAAGAAACAAUGACUUUGAAUCAUUUAUGAUGACAAUUUACAAGUGCUUAUAUGAGCAGAAGUAUCAUGAAAGCUCAAUCAGGAUUAAUGAUGUCAACCUGUUGAAAGAGUUUAUUCAUAAUCCUAAACUGGAAUUGUUGAAUUUUGAUGACUUGGAGUACGAAGAGGAGACAGAUUCGGACCACACUGAAGAUGAAUCGGAUUUUAAAGAUGCCAAGCUACUGAAGAAGGAUCAUGAUGCAGGUGAUUUGUUUGUGGAUACGGAAGAUAUAAACAGCUCCAGUACGGGAACUAGUGAUAACGAGAAACCAACAUCGCCCAAGGGUGACGUUGUUUAUUCAACAAAAAAGUUUGCCUUGCAUUUGUAUGAUUCAACAACGGCUUCAUUUGUUUUGAAAAGCAGCUCGGUUGAAUUGAAAUUGAUCGAUUUGAGCAAAUGGGAACAUACGUUGUACAUCACCUCAAGUGACGGGUUAACCAUUAAUGCAACAGUGAGCAAGAAUAUGAAUCCAACUUUUAAUUAUGAACAUAUCUCGUUUAUUUUCAAUCAUUAUACAUUUAAAGAGGGUGAAAUAGUUGCAAACUCGUGGUUGUUGAAAUUCCUCGAAUUUAAUGAUUUGGUUCAAUUUCAAAACAAGUUUGUUAUUUCUAUGUAUGAGACUUUGAAUAAGAAGAAGUUUGGAGCGGAUAAAGGAGAGGAUGAGUAUUUUGUUGAUGCAUUUUCAAACUUGGAUUUGGACAAUAAAGAUGAAGUUGAAGAAGAAGAAGAGGAGGAAGAAGAAGACGAAGAAGAAGACGAAGAAGAAGACGAAGAAGAAGAUGGAGAUACGGAAUCGGAUAAUAAAUCAGCAAAGGACUUUAAUGAGAAGUUGCAAAACUUUGGCAAAAAAGACAAAAACACUUAUUUGAGUGUUGGAUACAAAGAUCGUGCUUAUGUGGCUCGUGGUGAUAAAAUUGGAGUCUUUAGUCAAGGCGACAAAUCAUUAAAUUUCCAAACAACAAUCAAUAAUGUCACCGAUUUGAAGGGACACAAUUUCAAUCCACAAAAGAUGUUGCUUCACCAAGAAGAUCAAUUUUUAAUUUUGUCCAAUCCCGAUGUCAAUGAUAAAUCUCUUUACAAGAUGGAUCUUAAUCGAGGCAAAAUUGUCGAAGAAUGGAAGAUCUCCGAUAAUGUACUGGUUAAGUCGUAUGCUCCUAGCUCCAAAUUUGCACAAUUGACAAAUCAACAAACAUUGACUGGUAUUUCUGCCAAUGGGCUUUUCCAAAUUGAUCCUAGAUUGAGAGGCAUCAAAUUGGUUAAUGAUCAAACUUUCAAACAGUAUAAAACCACAAAUAAUCAAUUCCAGACAUUAGCUACCACCGAAGGCGGCCACAUUGCUUUAGGUUCAGGUAAUGGUGAUAUUCGAUUAUUUGAUCGACUAGGUGUAAAUGCCAAAACGGCUUUGCCUACUUUGGGAGAUCCUAUUGUCGGCAUUGAUGUUUCUAAAGAUGGUAGAUGGAUCUUGGCCACUUGCAAAACAUACAUCUUGUUAAUUGAUACCGCAAUUUCAAGUGGUCAGAAAAAUGCAGGUAAGUCGGGAUUCACGGCUUACUUUGAUAAAGACAAGAAACCAACACCAAGGAGAUUGCGUCUUUUACCCGAACAUGAAGCUUACAUCAACAAUGCCAAUCACAAGAAGGAAUUACAAUUUUCUCGGGCAUAUUUCAAUACUGGUUUAGAUAAAAAGGAGACUGCGAUAAUUUCAUCGACUGAUAAUUAUAUAAUUACAUGGUCUUUGCUGAAGGUUUUGACAAAUGAUCCUGUGCCUUAUGUCGUUAAAAGAUAUAAACAGGAUGUUGUUGCUGAUAAUUUCAAAUAUGGAUCGAAUAAUCAAUUGAUUACGGCGUUGCUGGAUGAUGUGGCGAUGGUUAGCCGAAGGAGUUUGGCUGAUCCCAAGGAAGUGUUUCAAAAAUAA